AUGCCUCCUGAACGAGCCAAUGUCCCGGUGAAGCUGUCCCUGCCUCUACAAUACCAGCAGGACAUCUUCACCGAACUGCGCGCGGAGGAUGAAUUGGUGGUUCUUGCACGAGGCCUCGGCCUUCUCCGGCUCGUAACCAAUUUGUUGCACUUUUAUGAUGCUGCAGGGAACAAUCUUGUACUGGUCGUUGGUGCUGACGACCGAGAGAAUGAGUGGAUCGGAGAGGCGCUUGCGGAACACUGUGCCAUCAGUAAGACGCCUCUUGCUAGGGGCCUCAAGAUGAUCAAUACCGACAGAGCCACGGUUCCAAUGAGAGAGAAGUUCUAUGCCGCUGGCGGUAUCCUGAGUGUGACAUCCAGAAUACUGGUGGUGGACUUCUUGUCUAAGCUCCUUGAUCCUGCAAAAGUCACGGGGAUGGUUGUGCUCCACGCCGACAAGAUCCUGGCAACGUCUCUCGAAGCUUUUAUCAUUCGCGUAUAUAGAGAAGCCAACAAGACCGGGUUUCUCAAGGCUUUCUCAGAUUCACCCGAGCCGUUUACAACAGGCUUUGCUCCGCUGGCUACCUCCAUGCGCAAUCUUUUCCUACGUAAAGCAUCGCUCUGGCCGCGCUUUCACGUUACCGUUGCAGAAUCACUGGAAGGUCACAGAAAAGCUGAAGUGAUCGAACUCGAGGUUCCGAUGAGUGAUAAGAUGCGGGACAUUCAGAAUGCUGUCCUUGAGUGUGUGGAAAUCUGCAUCGGAGAGCUCAAGAAAGCAAACACUGGGCUUGACAUCGCGGACUGGACCCUUGACAGUGCUUUGCAUCGAAGCUUUGACAUCUCAAUCAGGCGCCAGCUCGACCCUAUGUGGCAUCGGGUGAGCUUCAGAACCAGGCAGAUUGUCAGUGAUUUGUCGGAUCUCCGUGCUAUUCUUCAUGCCUUGCUUACCUAUGAUGCCGUAUCGUUUCUCAAAUUUCUUGAUCUCAUUGUAACCGCUCACACUCCGCCUCCUGGCUCUACAAGGCACAAUUACUCCCCUUGGCUCUUCCUUGACGCCGCUGAUGUGCUGUUCCAAACGGCCAAGGCGAGAGUUUAUCAAGGCAAGAUAAGUAAUGAGGUGGCGCGCUCAUCGUUGACUUCAUUUCCUACCACUCUGCAACCAGUCCUAGAGGAACAGCCAAAAUGGGAGGUUCUUGCAGAAGUACUUGAGGAGAUUGAGACUGACGCAUAUGUCAACCCUUCACAUGUGGACGAAUCGAACAGUACCGUGUUAAUCAUGUGCAGCGAUCAGCGAACGUGCCGUCAACUUCGCGAAUACCUUGCAACCAUGCAUGCUCAAGUUGUAGACAGGAAGCUGGAGAGUUUCGACCCUGGUGAUGCUACUGCUGAGAAGAAAGGCUCAGCCGAAGUGAUGUUGCGCCGAAGGCUCCGAGAAUAUCUAGAUUGGAAGGCCUCUCUAUCAAAUGUCAGCAAAAAUCUCUCAUCCAGACCACCCAACCAAGACUCCACUAGCGCAGCAAGCACGUCUACUCCAGGAUCUGUGAAUUCUAGGGCACCCGCAAACAAACGGCGCCGCGUCAGAGGUGGUGGUACUGCGACCGGUCCAGGACGGGCGCCCAAUGCCGGCAUACAGGUGGAGAUGGAACCUGCAGGCCAAGUAACGGCGCUCUUAGACGAAAUCAAGCCUACGGAGGUCGAGGAAACUCAGAAGGAAGAGAUAAUCGUGGAGGAUCUGGAGGAUAUGGACGACUAUUACGAAUUAUACGAUAUGAACGAUUUGAUUAUGAUACACCCGUAUGACGGCGAUAUGGACGAGCACAUUCUUGAAGAGGUUCGUCCGCGAUACAUUAUCAUGUACGAGCCAGAUUCUGCAUUCAUCCGACGAGUCGAGGUCUACCGUAGCUCUCAUGUGGGCAGGAAUGUGCGUGUAUACUUUGUUUACUACGGAGGCUCAGUGGAAGAGCAGCGGUAUCUCAGUGCUGUGCGACGUGAGAAGGACUCGUUCACGAAGUUGAUUAAGGAGAAAGGUAAUAUGGCCGUCACAAUUGUCCAUGACAAGAGCCUAGAGGACCCGCAGGAGCAAUUCCUCCGAACCGUUAACACGCGCAUCGCAGGAGGCGGACGACUCGCCGCGACAGCCUCACCUCCACGAGUAGUGGUCGAUGUGCGGGAAUUCCGCAGCGCGCUGCCGUCGCUCCUCCACGGGAAUAACGUGAUCGUGAUCCCCUGCCAGCUCACGGUAGGCGACUACAUCCUGACGCCCGACAUCUGCGUCGAGCGCAAGUCCGUCCGCGAUCUGAUCACAUCCCUGCGCAACGGCCGCCUCUACAACCAAGCGGAGACCAUGCUCCAGCACUAUAAAAACCCCUUCCUUCUGAUCGAGUUCGACCAGAACAAGUCCUUCACCUUCGACGCCUUCGCGUCCGCAACCACACCGGGAACCACCUUCCUGACCGACUUCGGCUUCUCAUCCUCCGGGACAAGCACGCUGUCGGCGAAUAGCUCCCUGGUCAACCCCUCGAGUCCGAAGUCGGCACAGCACCUGCUCGUCCUCCUCACCCUGACGUUUCCCAAACUCAGAAUUAUCUGGUCCUCGUCCCCGUACCAGACGGCCGAGAUUUUCUCCGAGCUAAAGAAGAAUAAUCCGGAGCCGGACCCGAUCCGUGCCGUGCAAAUCGGCCUUGAUAUGGAUAUCGCUGCGUCGUCCCACCCGGGUGAUAUCAUGGCUGCAGCGGGCAUCGAGCAUCGCACCUUCAACCUCCUGCCUCAGGACAUGCUCCGAGCCGUACCCGGGGUGACCCCCAAUGUCCUCGAGCGGCUGAUCACGGAGACGGACAACAUUCACGAGAUCGCCAACAUGAGCGUGGAGCAGCUUGACCCUAUCGUAGGCAUCGAAGCUGCACGUAAGAUAGUCGGUUUCUUCCGAAAGAGCGUGUUUGAGGACUAGUCGUGAUAUACAAGAUGUGGAUAAAUUCCGCGUAGGGAACGGGACCAGAUAUAGGCUAGAACUACGCAUUAGUUAGGUGGAACUUGAUUGAAUAGUAG